AUGGAUCAAACUCCCAGUGUCACAGAAACCAAAAAGACUGAACCCUCCACUGACCGACCUCCUGUGAACAAUCUCCCUCCCUCCGAACCUGUCAAGGAGCCAAAGACGUGCAAGAAACAUGCCCAACUUUCCACAAAAUCAAAAGUCAAGCAGAGUGGUAAGGCGAAGAAGGUAGAAAAGAGCGAGGAAGAAUCCACGGACUCGGAUGACUCUUCUGAAGCUUCUUCUCCUAGUGACGACUCCGGCGACUCCGACAGCGAUUCCUCCAUUGACCCGGCCAUCAAGAAGAAAUUGAUGGCGAAGCUGCUAAAGGCGGAGGCAAAAGCCCGGUCGAAAAAGUCAAAGAAAGACAAGAAGGCUCAGAAGAAGGCGGCCGUCCUCCAGGAGGAUUCCGACGACACGGAAGAAGACGACUCGAGAAACCAGCUGACCAAAAAGGAACUCAGAUCCAAGCUCCACCAGGACUUGAACCUCACAAAGAAGGCCUUGAAGAAGUUGAAUGACCCCGAUGAGUCAGACACGGUCGAGAUCCAGGAAGACCCCAAUUCGGCCCGACUUCGCGCUCUGAAAUCCUCUUUACGAGGCCUCGAUUUCAAUCCUCCGCCCAUCGGUCAACCCAAUUGGACCCUACCGAGAGGUCAACCGAUCGGCCAACCUGUCUCUCUGGGUGGAUGCAAUCCUGCUGGAAGCGCUUCCCGUCGACAGAUCGGUCUUGACGAGCGAUUAUUGGUCCAAGAAUCCGGGGCCGUAAAGCCCAAGAAGACCAAACGGGCCUCCAAAGUGGCCUACAAGCGGGUGGACCAGUUAUGGGAUCAGUCAAUACACAACUUCAAACUGACCGAGACCGUCAAGAGCACGGGAGAAACAGUUUGGGAUCAAUACAUCUUCACCGUCCGCCGAAAGUUCGACUGGGAACAGAAAUAUCUUGCGACCGUGGUAGAUAUCAAAUCCAAACCUCUCAAAGAAUGUCUUCAACAUGUCAUGAUCGGUGUCAAAGGUGUCAGCCUUGUGGAAGAUACCCCUCACCUGGAUCCUAAUAUGCUCUUCCUCUACCUUGAAGAGAUGAGAGAAUAUGUCGACACGUUGGAGGACGAAGCGAGUGGGCGCAAACGCAAAGAGCGAAAGGCGCUUCUCACCAAAGCGAAGCAUCUUCGCGUCAUGGUCAAAUAUCUGGACAAAGACUAUGCGGACACCAAGAAAUCGUUGUAUCCCAUGCUGGAGAACAACACGAUCACUUUUGAUCUUCUGUGGGCGCUGUACAAACCCAACACCAUCGCAUAUUGUUCGACCUAUGGGGAUCCGGACGAACCCCGUGCUUUCAAGAUCGACUUUGCCAACAAGGAGGCACAUUUCAUGAGAGGCCAAUGGUACACCGUUGAGGGCAGAUACCUCGAGUACGAUGGCAGGUCAUUCGGAAUGGGUACUAUGCAUACCGAGGUACCGACCUUUCAAGGAGCUCGCAAGAUUUCGUCACUGGAGUGUUAUCCUUUGCAAUACCACAAGGAUGCCGGGAAGCUCAAAACACAGCUGAUUGAACGUGGAAAGCACUUUGUGUCCCUUCAAGGCAUGAAUUAUCGUUAUCACAAGGGCAUGGCCUACACCAAACGCAAGAAGCAAGUCUUGAAAAUCAACAUUGACGGCCGAAUCAUGGUCGACCCUGCUAUCCAUCGUCGUAUCAACCCCAAUUAUCCCAUCAGCACCGUCAAACCGAAAGAAGAUCACGAGGUGAUCAAUAUUGAUGACACCGAGGAAGAUUGCGGAUGUGGAAUCGACGACAGUUCCGAUGAGGGCCUGAAUAACCAGAAUGCGCCGACCGACGACACUAGUCCGGUGAAGAAGAGAUUCAGAGUCGUCAAAACCUCCGAUGGACAACACGCCAUCGUCGAAGUUCUCUCCAAGGAUGACCGGGGAGCUCCUCAGCAGAAAGAACCUCUGGCCGAUACCACGCAAGAAGCCCGCGAAUUCACGGAAGAAGAAUUACUGAUUGCCAGUCCGGUCGUAUUGGGUUUUGCUUUUGGUGAGAAGCUGUGGCUCGAAUUCACCGUCUCGGGAAUCUCCGAGGUUGUCUACAACGACCAAGCAUUCGAAUCUCUUGUGCUUCCCGACAAUCAAAAGUCCAUCGUCAAAGCCCUGGUGUCCAGUCAUGCCUUCCAUGCGCAUCGAAGUAUCGACGAUAUUAUCUCCGGCAAAGGUCGUGGUUUGGUUGCGGUUCUUCAUGGCCCCCCCGGCACCGGCAAGACACUCACCGCCGAGGGAAUUGCUGAUCUUCUGAAAUGUCCGCUGUACAUGGUCAGCGCCGGUGAUCUCGGCACCGAUCCCACCAAACUCGACAAGGAACUUCAAAAUAUUCUCGACAUUGCUCACAGUUGGGGUGCGAUUCUCUUGUUGGACGAAGCCGAUGUCUUUCUUGAACAGCGUUCGAUCCACGACAUCCAUCGAAACGCGCUGGUCAGCAUCUUCCUCCGCCUUCUGGAAUACUUCCAGGGUAUUUUGUUCCUGACGACCAACCGAGUCGAGACGUUUGACUUGGCCUUCGUUUCUCGCAUUCAUCUGUCGUUGCGCUUCCCCAAUCUGACCACCAAAGCCAAACGCACGGUUUGGAAGCUCUUCAUCGAGCGCGUCAAGAAUCAAGAGAAGAUGGAGGUUGCACCAAUCUUGGAGUCGGAUUAUAAUGAUCUGGCGCGUCGUGAUGUCAACGGCCGACAGAUCAAGAAUCUCGUUCGUGCAGCACAGGCAUUGGCAAUUCAUGAAAAUACACCUCUUAGCAUGGUUCACAUCAAACGUGUCAUCGAUGUUGCCGAGAGCUUUGAGAUCGACCUUAAGGGCGGAACGGGAUAUUCGGAUGCUAUGAGGAGUGAGUUUGCAUAUAUUUAA